AUAGCGCUGCUAACAAGUGCCCACGCGGCUGGGGCCAUCCACCAAGGCAGUCUGCCUGUGGGGACGCGUCUCUGCUGGUCAGGCAGCAGGGUAGAAGACAGGGCUCUGACUCCGCAGGGUUCCAACUCUGGAUGCGAGGAGAGCGUUCCACCAGUGAGCCAGCUAACAGCCCCAGCCUUCGGCUUUGCUGGGAUUCAAGUUGUCUGCAAGGCUGUUGAGAAGCCGGCGUCAACAUGACAGAGCGCUUCGACUGCCACCACUGCCAUGAGUCUCUCUUUGGAAAGAAGUACAUCCUGCGGGAGGAGAACCCCCACUGCGUGGCCUGCUUCGAGGCGCUCUACGCCAACACCUGUGAGGAGUGUGGGAAGCCCAUCGGCUGUGACUGCAAGGACUUGUCCUACAAGGAGCGGCACUGGCACGAGGCCUGCUUCCACUGCUCCCGGUGCGAGAGCUCACUGGUGGACAAGCCCUUCGCGGCCAAGGAGGACCAGCUGCUGUGCACCGCCUGCUACUCCCACGAGUACUCGUCCAAGUGCCAGGAGUGCCAGAGGACCAUCAUGCCAGGUACCCGCAAGAUGGAGUACAAGGGCAGCAGCUGGCAUGAGACCUGCUUCAUCUGCCAUCGCUGCCAACAGCCCAUAGGAACCAAGAGUUUCAUCCCGAAAGACAAUCAGAAUUUCUGCGUGCCCUGUUACGAGAAGCAGUAUGCCCUGCAGUGUGUUCAGUGCAAAAAGCCCAUCACCACAGGAGGGGUCACUUACCGAGACCAGCCCUGGCACAAGGAGUGCUUCGUGUGCACUGCCUGCAAGAAGCAGCUGUCGGGGCAGCGCUUCACCGCCCGGGAUGAGUUUGCCUAUUGCCUGACCUGUUUCUGCGACUUGUAUGCCAAGAAGUGCGCGGGGUGUACCAACCCCAUCAGUGGCCUGGGUGGCACCAAGUACAUCUCCUUUGAGGAACGGCAGUGGCAUAACGACUGCUUCAACUGCAAGAAGUGCUCCCUGUCCUUGGUGGGGCGAGGCUUCCUCACCGAGAGGGACGACAUCCUGUGCCCCGACUGCGGGAAAGACAUCUGACGGCUGGCACAGCAGCUGCGGCCCGUGACCCCACACAGAUUUGUGUUUUCUUUCUCCACUAGGCAGUAUGGUGUUCUGGUCCCCACCGCCACCUCGAGAUCUUCCUCUUUCGCUUUCCAGUGAUCUUCCUGUUUGUUUAAAUCCUUUAAUCCUUGUGCUAAUUCAAUCCGGGGAAGGAGAAAACCCUUUUUUAAACACUAGGUGGGAAGGAGGUUUGGAAUUUUCGUAAUCAAGUAAGACAAAUCCAAGCAUAAAAAUCCUUUUGAAUGAUAUCUUUAUAAAUGCAUCUUCUUUCACUGCUAUUUAAUUUUUAAGUGCAAUUGACAUUUGUCACGAACUUGAAAGUUUUCCAAACUAUAAAUAGGGUAAAGAAGAGUUGGUAUCUGCAGCUCUGUAACUUGUCAUCUAAAGCCUAAAGCAAGGUUAUGUAACUUACAAUAAAGUUAAUCGGAACAAAAUGUUUUGCCAGACACAGUGUGUGAAAUAAUGAUUAAAUGUUGAGUUUCUGGGUCUAAGUUACACUUUAUCACAUGGUCCAGCGAUCACUGUAUGAAGUUCACGUUCUAAGGGGCUGGGCUGGUGUUAACUGAAAUUGCAUUGCAUCAUCUAUUUAGAGGGAGCCUUCAAUCAGCAGCAUAUUUUACCUUGCUCCUUUUCUCCUCCCCCAAACCCCUAGAGCUCUUUCUCUUGGACUAUAAUGCUCUCCCUUUGAUGCAGUAACAUGGGCUCCAUGAGAGUGGAACAGGAGGCUAAGGACGGUCAAGUCGAUUUGGGGGUUACUUCUAUUGGGAGGACUUGUAUCGGGAGAGCUCCAUUUUGUUCCACUGUCCUAGGCCUGCCUUCUCUUCCACCAAGGACAGAAGUGGACUUGAGGCCAGAGACAACAUCUUAUUCCUCUUUACAUUCUCAAUGUCCUAGCAAGUGAGGGCUCUGGGAUCCUUCAGCAUAUAAAAGACAGGAGACAGAGACAGAGCCACUGUUGUAAAAAUAAUCCUCCGAGCUCCUAGUUUGCCAGUAGUGUGUAAAAUAAUCUUGGCUAGCACAGUACACAUUUGGGAAACACUAAGUCACUUUCUGGCAUGGAACACUGCACAUUUUGCUUUAGAAUGGUAGCAUUAAUGACCUUUCAUCCUUUAGUUUUCUAAGAUAAUGCAACGUGAUAAAACGAUCAGCUAUGCAAACAGAACAAUCCAGGGGGUGGCAGCAUCGUUGGAAAUACUUGCUAAGGUGUGAAAUGGGUCUUCUGGAUUUAUAGUUGACUUUAGGUUAGAUUUAAACGAGUAACUCCAAGCUGGCAUGGUGCUACACACCAUGCUGAGAUUACAGAAUCCCAGCAACUUGGGAGACUGAGCCUGGAAAAUCGCAAAUUUGAGGCUAGCCUUAGCAACUUAGUGAGACUCUAUGAUAACUUAGUGGUAGAGUAUCCCUGGGUUCAAUCUCCAGUGAGACACACACGCAGAUAACUCCAUCCCUUGUCAAUUGUAAUACCACUUUCUAUCUCAUAAUAGAAAAAUAAAAGCACUCCAGAUUUCAUUACAGAGCAUCUUACCCACUCCUAAAGAAGCUACAGAUAUGCAAUCUUACCUGAUCCAAAAUCAGGGGAGUUCCACUUUGAGUAAGUAGCUCCAACUGGACUAAUGAUCAAAUAAUCAUUUUGAACAAAAUAUUUUUAAAUAUUUUGAAAAACGAGCUUGAUCCAAAGUAGGCAGAGGUUGGAGGGGAGUGGAAUCUUGGGAGAAGAGGAUGGCUCUGGGUAAUUGUCCUGUUUUUAUGGCUAUGGCAGGUCUCGAGAACAGCUAAAACUGUUAGCAAACCUUCAUCCUUGCUGGUUUGACAAAUCAGAGGCCAGAGUUUGGGAUAAACAGAUCCUGGAGUAGGAAAAAGAAAAUCCUGCAAAAAAAGAGCCCCAAGUUCUCUGUCUGAACCUCUUCCUGCUGUGAAACAACAUAUGCAGAAACCCAUCACUUAAGUCUCCUCUGAAAGUUUCCCUCAAGGCAUACAACAGAGAAACAUGUAUUCAGGAAAAUCUACUAACUCUUAGCACGCAGUGACAGUCCAUGGCACUCGGGCCACACCUGGUCCUAAACCACUCCCACUCCCCAGCCUCAUGUGACCAGCUCUGUGUGAGUGCAACCAAAAAGGUAAUGGCUCCCUCUGCUCCAGGAGGAACAGACUGAGAACAGUGGGCUCCUAAUUACCCCUGCCCCGCUCUGCCAUAGGGUGGAGCUUCCAUAUGGGAAGGGGCAAUCUGAAAGACCAAGACUACCAACCCACUGAGAAGGGAUAUUACUGCUAAACCCAGGGGCGAGGAGAAAGGGGGUGGGGGUGGGGGGGCAGAGGGUGCAGUGGGAGGGGUUGUGGUAAAGAGUCAGCCUCUGCUGAGGCUGGCCUCCAACGAACUUGCAAUCCUGUCUCAGCCUCCUGAGCUGUAGGGAUCACAGGUGUGCACUCCGGUCCUGACGUAGCUCAGCAGUCCUGCCUGGGGGGACUGAUAUUUGGUUCCAAGAUCACAGAAAUCUGCCGAAGGGGACUGUCAGAAACAAUACAGAUCUCGCUGACCUAAUUAAGUGGGGCUGAUAACUCCUUGAUGGUUGUGGGAAAAGCGAAAUGACAGACCAUCCAGAAGUUUAACUAAUUAUGGGUUGCCAACCUAUAACACGGAACAUUUCUUACAUUUCAGAAGACUCCCUUGUUUCUCCUUCCAAAAAGGAUUCGCACUUGUCACCAUAGUUAAAUUUUUUCCCGUUUUGUGCACUUUUUUGCAUGUAUGUUCAAUUUCAGUUUAAAAAAAAUCUUAAAAGAACUGCAUUGUCUUACAGUCUAUUAGAAUGUGCUCCUUAUCUCUGAAUUUCAGCAUUUUAAAAGUAAUUGUGACCUGGUGUGAAUCUCUACACUUAAUGCUCCUUUGAGUUUGUUGAUUAGUAUUUUCAUCAAAUUUGGGGACAUUUUAAGCCAUGAAAAUUCUUAAAAUGUUUUUGCUGUCCAUGUUUCUCUUCUGGUAAUUCCAUUACGCCUAUGUCGGUGUGUUUAAUGGUCUGUCCCACUUCUCUUUAUUCUUCUCUGUUCGGAUUUCAUCAUCUCUGUUGCUUUAACAUCACGUAUUUUUUUCCCUUCUCCCAAGUCAUAUCUACUCUUGGGCACCUCUAGUGCAUUUUUCAUUUCAAUGGGUGUACUUUUCAGCUCUAGAAUUCUAUUUGAUUCUUUUUUGUACUUUCUAUUGUUAUUUUGUUUGGUAAUUAUCACACCUCUAAUUCUUUAAACAUGGAACAAAAGAUUAGUUUUUGAAUACACAUGUUAAUAUGCUUAGUUUGGUAAGAGGUUCUAUUUAAAAGCAGCUUGAACCAACAAGACUUCUGCCUUUGCUGAUGGAUGCCUGUGGGGCUUGAAGGAUUCUUUCCUUCAUGUCUACUCUGCAUCCUGCUCUGAUUGCUUCUUGGCUGCAGCACAGCUUAUGCAUAAUCUUUUACACCCUUAGUGAUAAAUGAGAUUUCAGGGGGUCUUUGUGAGCUAUAUCUUGCCCACUACCUGUUUUCUUAAAAAAAAAAAAAAAAAAAAAAAAAAAAAAAAAAAAAAAAAAAAAGUCGUAUUAGAACACAGCCACGCCUUUUCAUUUAUGUACUGGGUAUAUGUACACAUCAAACGUAUAUAUUUUCACCAAGCUGUAUAAGUUUAUUUUUCAACUUAUACCCCAAUAAAAAUAAAUUAAAACAUGUA